AUGUCCUUCAGCCCAAAGCACUCCACCCCCUUCUCAGUCACCGACAUUUUGAGCCCGAUGGAGGACAGCUACCGGAGGUUUGGAGGUAUGGAUCCCGCCGCGGGGAGUCUCGGGUCCCAGCUGGGCGCCUACCGGCAGCAGCAAGUCUCCCAGCCCGGUAUGCAGCAUCAGCAGCAGGCGCAGCAGCAUCAUCUUCACCACCAUCACCAUCACCACCAUCACCUGUCCUCCUCCUCUUCAUCCUCAUCCUCCUCCUCUUCCUCAGCCUCGGCCACAGCAGCAGCAGCCGCCGCCGCUCUGGGACCCGGCGGGCCCUAUCAUGUGCCCCACGGGGUGCCGCAGUUCUCCGGGGCCGUCGGAGGAUUCUGCAACGGCGGCAUCGGGAACGUCGGAGACCUGCCGUCCUACCAGGACACGGUGAGGAGCGGAGGGGCGGCAGCGGCGUGGUACAGCAACCCGGAGCCCAGAUACCCGACAAUUUCCAGAUUCAUGGGCCCCUCCGCCGGGAUGAACAUGUCCGGGAUGGUGGGCAGCUUGGCCGGGAUGGACUCUACCGCCAAGUCCAUGGUGACGCUGCACUCCGCGCCGCGGAGGAAGCGGCGGGUUCUCUUCUCUCAGGCGCAGGUGUACGAACUGGAGCGGCGCUUCAAGCAGCAAAAGUACCUGUCCGCUCCGGAGAGGGAGCACCUGGCCGGACUGAUCCACCUCUCCCCGAACCAGGUCAAGAUCUGGUUCCAGAACCACCGCUACAAGCUGAAGAGGCAGGCCAAGGACAAGACCACGCAGCAGCUGCAGCAGGACGGAAGCAGCGGUGGAGGUGGAGGCGGUGGAGGCCUGUGCGCGACGACCCACCGCUCGUCCUCAGUGUCUCCGGUCCUCUCCAAGAACGGCAAGGCCUGCCGGACCGACUCCGGUGGCUCCAACCAAACCGGAAACCGACAGAGCAGCUCGGGGGAGGCCAUGGCGACGACCCCGCAGCAGCAGCAGCAGGUGAACCAGCUGUCGUCCACAGAGGAGCUGGAGGAUUUGUCCCAAAGUCCGCCGAUGGGACUACACGGUCAGAUCAACAUGACGCAGACGGACGCGGCGCUAAUCGAGUACACAAACAGCAUGAUCGGCUCCAAUUUACUGUACGGGAGAACUUGGUAGGGAUACCGGGAGGAUGACAGACGGUAUCGGGCCUGUGGGCCUCAAUCCGGGGUUGGAUUUUUUUCGAAGAACAGGCUGGAGGACAAAAGCACGCACCAGAUCUUUUUUUUCUCCUGUGCGUAAAGUUCCGGUUCUUUUACGCACGCAGAGACUCAAGAGACACUCGGUGGUUUUGAGCAACAUGGUGCAAAAACAAACUGUAUAUUAGAGCCUUGAACGUCGAUAAUAAUGUAUUUUCUCCCUCUUUGUUAAGUCUUUUUUUGUAAUUGACAGAUGUGACUGCUGCUGCAUUUAAGACCAUUAAAACAAAAUCUAAUGCGAGGAGAUUCAGGAUGAGGCACUCUCACUGUGCUCCCCUGUCAUUUCUAGACAAAAUAU